GUUUAUUCUUUUUCCUUUUAUUUGUUGAUAAAAAUCGAAUAAAUGGACAAGUAGUCUAACAAACAUAGAAUUAGCCUAAUUGGCAAAUAGUUUUUAAAUGCAAUUCAAUAAGUUAUUACCACAUAAAUCAACUUCAAUUCCAAAACAAUGGAAAACUCUGACAAAAACAAAGUAGACAAAUUCAUUGAUAAAAAUGGCAAAAACAUGGGAAUCAUAAGCCGACCAAAUGCGUCACCCGGCUACUGGCUAAGUUGUCUCUUGCCGCUGGCAUAUGUCGUCACCAAUAACCGCCACAAAGCGUGUUCCAACGAUGACGACUUAUUCCUCGUACUCACGAUUGUUUCCGUGGGCAUGUUGAUGCAAUCGUUGACAUUCUUUGCGUGUCUAGCUGUUGCCCCCGGGAGAUAUUUGAAAUUAUUCUUUGCCUUAUCUCCUGGGGUAAUAAUUCAUUUACAAUUGCAAUAUUGGACACAACAGACGUAUGGUGUAUGUCUUGCAAUUGGAUUUGGGGCGACACUCGGCUAUCAGUAUGUUUAUGUGAGAGUUUUGAAGGGGUUCCCGAAGAGUUGUACUCUGGGCGAGGCAUGCAUAUUGGUACAGGGUGUUAUUUUGUUUAUCAUCAAUGGAUUCUUUAAGAUUCCAGUUUUCUACAAUUCACCACCAAGUGAGGAAUUUGGACAAAUUAGUGCUAUUAUGAUGGGAGCACUUGCUUGCUUACUUGUGAUGUCGUGGCUCAUAGCCACAUUUAAAAUUUUCAGAAGCGUUGUUCUCUUCUACAUUUCUAUGAUCGUUUUAGUAGUGGCUGUUUGCACUAUGCCUGUAACCAAAGACUUACCUAUAAUAACUGUUAUUCAGUUUAUAUACUCCGAUUUACGAAGGGUAUACAUAGUAGUAUUUUAUUUAACCAUGGCUAUUGCAACAAUAUUAGCUGUAAAAUGGCAGAUUGGAAGUUCCGAACAAGCAUCGACAAGAGUCAGAAAAAUAUUUCACAUCCUCAUUGUGUUAGUUUACAUUCCAGGAUUAAUUUACCAAUGUACAUUUCUUUAUUUGGCAACUGGAGUUGCUCUUGCAGCCUUUUCUGUACUCGAUAUGAUACGAAUGCUAAAAAUUCCUCCAAUAUCGAGUAUUCUCGACGAUGCAUUUGCAACAUUGCAUGACGAGAAAGAUGCUGGCAACAUAGCCUUAACUCCAUUUUGCCUUUUGAUUGGUUGCUCUUUGCCUAUGUGGAUAAAUCCAUGUCCUUGUUCGGAGGUAGAUAGUGCUUCCGGAGUGAAUAUGCUGCCGAUGUUAGCAGGAAUAUUAUCGGUUGGAAUAGGAGAUACCUCAGCAAGUAUUUUGGGUUCGAAAUUUGGAAGACAUAAGUGGAGUGGAACCAAUCGAUCAAUAGAAGGAAGCUUAGCUUUUAUUCUAUCUCAGUCAAUAGCCAUAGUGCCACUGUAUUUGUUCAAUCUUACUCCAGCAGAUGGCUUAAGUGUGAUUUUAAGUCUAUUGGCAAUCGUGAUAACAUCUUUGGUUGAGGCGUUCACCGACCAAAUUGAUAAUUUGGUAUUGCCUUUAAUAUUUUAUAUUGUAGUCAAUGCAAGAUAGCAUAAUAAAAACGAAAAUUCGAAUUACAUAUAUAA